UUGUCAAAACGGUAUGAUUUGAUACCCGCGAUAAACAAAAAUAAGUAAUAUUUAAUGAAUUGCACAAUGUUAAGUAUAUCUCAUUCACAGCACAUAAAUUGCUGCAGUUGUUUGUGUUUGUUCUCUUAUAAUUUACCUUUUACCUGAAUAUUAUUAUAAAUAAUACAACCAUGUGCGAUUACAAAGUAUUAACAAAAGAUGACCGCCAAACAAUGUACCGGGCUACUGGUGGUUGUGUAAGAUUCAAAAUGAGGACCACUGGAACUUCUGCAGAAAUUAAACUGAUAGCAUACCAAGAUUUUAACCUUGGCCUUUAUAAGAUUACAAUUGGAGAACCAACCAAAGUCACUAGUUUACUUGAUAACAAUGAACAGAGUUUUCCCAGUGGCAUCGAAAAUUUUACCGAGUACCAUGAAUUUUGUGUCACUUGGCAUAGUAACAAAGUUACAAUAAGUUUACUAGGGCAAGAACCCUUUGUUAAAUUUAAUGAUUUAUACAAUCGUCCUGUUGUGGGAUAUAUUUUGUACAAAACUCAAAGUACACCAGAACACCCUGUGGAUUGGAUUAUUGAAAUUUCACCAGUAUCACUGAAGCCAAUUGGUGAAAAAUUAUUUCCUGGUGAAAGACUUCGUUGGGCUUCUAUGGUUGAUGGUGUAUUGCCACCAGAUGCAAUGGUUGGUGGCUUUGAAUCAGAACCCACUUACAUAGCCAGAGCUGAACAUAAUAAUUCCAUAUGCCCUGGAAAAUAUGUACCGUCAAGGCGUAGAGCAUUUGUUCCUUGGGGACACAUGGAGCAUCCGAAAGAAAACUUUCAGAUAUUAUGUGGAUUUAAUGCAAAAUGGAUGAAAACAAGAGCCGAUCACAUUCCAAGAAAUGCUUUUGUUGCUGGAUUUUCUGAAGUUGAUAAUGAACCUUUGUACAUUGGCAGGGCCAUGUUAGGAUGCAAUCUUGUACCAGGAAAAGUCCAUGUUCUUUACAAGUUGUGCUAUUUACCAUUUUAUGGCCAAGAAAUUGAAGUAGAUAUCUAUGAAAUUUUAGUGACGCCAGGCGAAGAAUCAGAGUUUCCAAUACCUCGUCAUCCUCCUAGGGUCAUGUUUUAAUUUAUUUUAUUGAAUUUAAUUUAUUAAUGCAAUUUAUCUUUUAUAAAAAUAUUAUUAUAAUUUAUUAUUAGCAACAA